GCAUUCGUGUAAGUGGGAGAGAUGGCCGGAAAGGGUGGGAAGGGUUUAUUGGCCGGAAAAACAUCGGCGGCAGCAGAAGCUAACAAGGACAAAGAUAAGAAGAGGCCGAUUUCCCGAUCUGUUAGAGUUGGCCUCCAGUUUCCAGUAGGGAGGAUUCAUCGCCAUUUGAAAACUAGAACUUCUGCAAAUGGACAUGUUGGAGCCACUGUUGUUGGUUACUCCGUUGCCAUUCUUGAGUACUUAACUGUUGAGGUGCUUGAGUUAGCUGGAAACGCUAGCAAAGGUUUGAAGGUGAAGAGGAUUACACCUCGCCAUUUGCAGUUAGCCAUCUGUGGGGAUGAAGAACUUGAUACUCUUAUCAAAGGGACCAUUGCUAGAGGUGGUGUCAUUCCUCACAUUCACAACUCCCUCAUCAACUUAAUAGAGAAAAGCAAGAAAAAUGAGAUUGUCCCCUGA